UGCGGCGCUGCGGGCCGGGAGCGGCAAGAUGGCGGGGCGGCCCAUGCAAGCAGCAAGGUGUCCCACUGAUGAACUGUCAUUAACCAACUGUGCUGUGGUGAAUGAGAAGGACUUCCAGUCUGGGCAACACGUUGUUGUGAAGACUUCUCCCAACCACAAGUACAUUUUCACGCUGAGAACCCAUCCUGCAGUGGGUCCUGGCAGCAUCGCCUUCAGCUUGCCCCAGAGAAAAUGGGCUGGACUUUCCAUUGGCCAAGAGAUAGAUGUUUCCUUAUACAGUUUUGACAAGGCCAAGCAGUGCAUUGGCACAAUGACAAUUGAGAUUGAUUUUCUGCAGAAGAAGAACAUUGACUCCAACCCUUACGACACAGACAAAAUGGCAGCUGAAUUCAUCCAGCAGUUCAACAGCCAAGCCUUCUCUGUAGGCCAGCAGCUUGUGUUCAGCUUUAAUGACAAACUUUUUGGCCUCCUGGUAAAGGACAUGGAAGCUAUGGACCCCAGCAUUCUCAAAGGAGAGUCUGGAGCAAGCAAGAAGCAGAAGAUUGAGGUUGGUUUGGUUCUCGGAAACAGUCAAGUUGCCUUUGAGAAAGCUGAGAACUCCUCUCUCAAUCUGAUUGGGAAAUCAAAGACCAAGGAGAACCGCCAGUCGAUCAUCAACCCAGACUGGAAUUUUGAGAAGAUGGGCAUUGGGGGCCUUGACAAAGAAUUCUCAGAUAUUUUCCGACGAGCUUUUGCUUCUCGAGUGUUUCCACCUGAAAUUGUGGAGCAAAUGGGCUGCAAGCAUGUGAAAGGCAUCCUCUUGUAUGGACCUCCAGGCUGUGGUAAAACACUUAUGGCCAGACAGAUUGGCAAGAUGCUGAAUGCCAGGGAACCAAAGGUGGUCAAUGGGCCAGAAAUCCUCAAUAAAUACGUGGGGGAAUCCGAGGCCAACAUCCGCAAACUGUUUGCUGAUGCAGAGGAGGAACAAAGAAGGCUGGGAGCAAACAGUGGAGUGCACAUCAUCAUUUUUGAUGAGAUUGAUGCAAUCUGCAAGCAGAGAGGAAGCAUGGCAGGUAGCACCGGAGUCCACGACACCGUUGUGAACCAGUUGCUGUCUAAAAUUGAUGGUGUAGAGCAGCUCAAUAACAUCCUGGUGAUUGGAAUGACCAACAGACCUGACCUGAUUGAUGAAGCUCUGCUGAGACCAGGGAGACUAGAGGUCAAAAUGGAGAUAGGCCUGCCUGACGAGAAGGGGCGGUUUCAGAUCCUCCACAUCCACACGGUGCGGAUGCGGGAGCACCAGCUGCUGGCUGAAGAUGUGGACAUUUCAGAACUGGCAGUGGAGACUAAAAACUUCAGUGGUGCUGAGUUAGAAGGUUUAGUCCGAGCUGCUCAGUCUACUGCUAUGAACAGACACAUAAAGGCCAGCAACAAAGUGGAAGUGGAUAUGGAGAAGGCAGAGAGUUUGCGUGUGACAAGAGGAGACUUCUUUGCAUCUUUGGAGAAUGACAUCAAACCUGCGUUUGGAACCAACCAGGAAGACUAUGCAAGCUACAUCAUGAAUGGGAUUAUCAAGUGGGGUGAUCCAGUAACAAGGGUGUUGGAUGAUGGGGAACUGCUUGUCCAGCAGACUAAGAACAGUGACCGCACACCUCUGGUCAGCGUUCUUCUGGAAGGUCCCCCCCACAGUGGGAAGACUGCUUUAGCAGCAAAAAUAGCAGAAGAAUCCAACUUUCCCUUUAUCAAGAUCUGUUCUCCUGAUAAGAUGAUUGGAUUUUCUGAAACCGCCAAGUGCCAAGCUAUGAAGAAGAUCUUCGAUGACGCAUACAAGUCCCAGCUCAGCUGUGUUGUUGUGGAUGACAUUGAGAGACUUCUAGAUUAUGUCCCAAUUGGACCACGGUUCUCUAAUCUGGUGUUGCAAGCCCUUCUUGUGCUGCUAAAGAAGGCCCCUCCUCAGGGUCGCAAGCUCCUCAUCAUUGGAACCACCAGUCGCAAAGAUGUUCUGCUGGAGAUGGAAAUGCUCAAUGCUUUCAGCACCACGAUUCAUGUGCCCAACAUUGCAACAGGGGAGCAGCUGAUGGAGGCUUUGGAGCUCCUGGGUAACUUCAAAGACAAGGAACGCAGCACCAUUGCACAGAAUGUCAAAGGGAAACCUGUCUGGAUUGGUAUCAAGAAGCUGCUGAUGCUGAUAGAAAUGUCAUUACAAAUGGAUCCUGAGUAUCGGGUGAAAAAGUUCUUGGCUCUUUUGAGAGAAGAAGGAACGUAUCACAGGGAAUAGUUCAGCCCAGUCUGGCCAGUGACAUCUCCUAGAAAAUGACUUUCUAAUGCAUGUAGGGCAGUACCUGUGCUGAGGGAGCUCACCCCAGUGUCUAUCCUGGCUACAUGUGAGUGGGUUCCAGUGUGUGCUUGAUGCUUUUAUACAUGUGCUUGCUUUCUUGAUGGAUUUGGCUUCUUUUGCAAGAGUUCCUCCCCUAGACUGAAGGUGGACCAAGUGCAAGAUCAACAGCUGGAAAAGAGACCAACCUGGAGAAUAGACACUGGGAUCUUUGCUCUUCUGUGUUCAGCACACUGGACAAAGUGAAAUUCUCCCGUUUCCAAGAACCCAAUGUGGAAUCUGCAUGUUUAGUGCAAUACACUUAUCUUUAUUCUUUGUCUUGAAUAUCCUGCUGUCAUUCAUGUGGAAGUGUCUCCUACCACACUGUGCUUCUGGCUGUGUGCAGACCAGGCUGUCUUCUCACUUGGCUGUAGCUUGGGGGAAUGUCCUGUAAGUUUUGAAGCUCAUGCUCACUUGUGUCCAGCAUCCAGUUGCUCUGAUAGGAAAGAAAUCCUGAUUUUCACCCAAACCUGUCAGUCUGUGGGGAGGACACACUGAAGUGCUGCUCUAUGUCACCCUGAGGACACCUUCCUUGUGAUGUCUAUGCCUCAUCCACCAUGGAGCCAGGCUGAUGGCCUCAAGACAGUGGCCACUCUAAUUCAGCCCCAGAACUGCCCAGAUACUAAAACCUGCUCUCCUAACACCCAGGUGCUUUGUGGUGCCAGGAGAGCCUGGCUAGUGACAGUAGGGACUGGAAGAAGGCAGGGAAGUAUUUUGAUCAGAGCAGAGAGAACUUCCAAAGCCAGUAUUUAAGGCAUCAAAGCUGCUUGUUUAUUGAACAACAGUUUUAGAGCUGCUGAUCCCAGCCUGAAAGCUCUUCCCGUGUGCGGUGUAGAUGGCAGCUUGGGAUGAGCCACCCUCAUGAUGUCCUGUUUUUCUGCCAUGUUACCAAAGGUUGAAAUUCCUCCUUAGAGACAGAGAGGAGGCCAAGCUGCAGCUGCAGGAGAUGAGUGUUGCCAUGUUUUUGCACUGAAAUAAAGGAAUGUAUCAAACUUUGCUGUGUGGGCUUUCCCCAGCAAUCAUCUCAGCUCCAUGAGGUGCUGUUGCCCAUGACUGCACGAGGCUCCUCCCCUCUGGUUCUUGGCUCCACACGUUUAAUAAGGUUCAUGGAACAUACCUCAGUUUGGUGGGGCGUGAAAUCAAAGCCAUUUAGGAGAUCUUAGUGGAGCUUCCUCAACUUGACCAGGCACGCUGCUCAGGGCAGGCAGCUGGUGUUCCCGGGAAGGAGGCUCCUGCACAGCCUGCCAGGCCCAGAGGUGAAGCUCCUGUGGCCCUUAGGGUGUCCCUACAGCAGCAGCAGGAGUUCAGUCACUCCACUCCGGUUUCUUCUCCUUUGGCAGUGCUGUUGUGUUGUGGUGAUGUUGCAAAUCCCAGUGAUUCUUAUUCCCUCUCAUUUUGUGUAUGAUCUUGUGACUUUGUUCCUUUCCUCUGCUGGUUGUAGUGACAGCAGCACAAAUUAACUUAUAUUUCAGAGUAAAUGAUGUAAACUUUAUUGAGUCUUUGUCCAGAACUAUAUUGAUGAAUAAAUAUCUGGUUUAACUGCACAUUCAGUGGAUUCAAUAAAAAGCACAACUACUUGUGAUCAUCUGGGA